UUAUUUAUAAAUUGUUUAUAAAUUAUUUUUUUCUGUUUAUUAUUUUAAUCGAUGUUGUUUUCACCAUUUCUACUAUUAUUUAAACACUCUGUUCAUCAUUACUCUCGUCAUUUAGUUUAUUUCUACCGGAGGAAAGUGUGAUCAUGACUGAUCGCUAAAUUUUCAAUAAUCAUUAAAUUACAUGGAAACACUUGAUGGCUCUGUUUCUACUACUUCCUAACCAGUUCUGUUGAAGUGAUCAAGCCUGGUUAAAUGUUUUAUUAAAACCUAUUUCAGCUCAAAAUUGGUUCAAACAUCAAUAACGGAAACAGAAGAUAUCUGAUGUUGGUUCUCCGAGUGCCAACGCCGACUAACCUGUUCAAGACGAGAAUCAGCUUCUCUUGUACAUCCAUCAGAUCAAUCAACAAGUAUAGUGACCCGCAAAAACAAUUGAAAAUGCCUGAAAACGAUGAAAAUGGAUCUAAUAACCCAACACCAAGCCAAUUGGUUGCAAACGCUCGUCGAGCAUUCGCAUCUAAUAUCACCAAGGAUGUUUCAUUCAGACGGGAACAACUGCAAAAAUUGGAUACAAUGCUUGUGACAAAUGAAGCCGUUCUUGCUGAAGCCAUCAAACAAGAUUUAAGGAAACCAUAUUUUGAAGCCAUUUUAACCGAAAUCGAGUUUGUUCGCAAUGAGAUUCAUGGUAUCCUUAAUAAUUUGGAAAGUUGGGCUAAACCACAAAAAGUCUCUAAAAGUCUUAUGACUUUAUUUGAUUCAGCUUAUUUAUAUCCGGAACCCUACGGUGUAACUUUAAUCAUAGGAGCUUGGAAUUAUCCUCUUAUGCUUACAUUGUGUCCAAUGAUAGGAGCCAUUGCUUCUGGUAACACAAUUAUUGUCAAACCUUCUGAACUGGCUUCAGCUACAUCAAAAACAUUGGCUUCACUCAUUCCGCGUUAUCUGGACCAGAAUUGUUAUCAAGUCUUCAUCGGUGGACCUGAAGAAACCAAGAAUUUAGUCAAGGAAAAGUUUGAUUAUAUUUUUUACACUGGUAGUAGUCGGGUUGGUAAACUAAUUUAUUUGGAAGCAGCCAAAAAUUUAACACCAGUUACUCUUGAAUUGGGAGGGAAAAGUCCUUUAUAUUUUGAUGACUCAGCUGAUGAUAGCCCAGCAGCAAUUAAACGUUUGGUGUGGGGUAAAUAUGUGAACAAUGGUCAAACUUGCGUUGCUCCUGAUUACGUUCUUUGCUCAAGAAAAGUUCAAAACAGCCUUAUAAAACAACUUCCACUUGCAAUAAAGGAGUUUUACAGUGAUGACCCCAAAACUCACAAGGACUAUGGUCGAAUCAUCAACAUUAACCAUUUCAAUCGACUUGUUAAGUUAAUUGAGGAUAACAGAAGUAAAGUUGUAUUUGGUGGUAAUUAUGAUGAAAAAGAGUUAUAUAUUGAACCAACCGUUAUGGCCAAUGUUUCUCCUAAUGAUUCAGUUAUGCAAGACGAGAUAUUCGGACCCAUUCUGCCUAUUGUUAUCGUGGAUGGUGUUGACAAUGCUGUUGAAUUUAUCAAUAACAGCGAAAACCCUUUAUCUCUGUAUAUUUUUUCGAAAAAUCAGUCAGUAAUUGAUAAAAUAAGCCAAAAAACGUCUAGUGGAUCCAUCUGUGUAAAUGAUUGUCUCAUCCAUCUUUCAGUUGAUUCAUUACCGUUCGGUGGAGUCGGAAACAGUGGAAUCGGCAGAUAUCGAGGAAAAUUUUCAUUUGAAACCUUUACCCACUAUAAAUCAGUAUUGCAUCGUGGUUUUAACUCUGUUUUAGAGGCUCUUGGAAGUCAUCGUUAUCCACCUUAUACUUCUCGAAGUUUGACACUUAUGUCUCUUUUGACACGUAAACGUUGGUUUUAACUAUGUGACGACGAUUACUUACAAACUAUUAUAAAUUACUAAAAUGCUGAAAGAUCGUUUGGCAUAAAUGAGAAAUUAUUUUGUCUUUUUUCUGCUAUAAAAAGCAUAUGUGAUAGGUUGAAUUUAUUAUAACUAUUAUAAACAGACGAUUGGAAACUCAUUAAUGAUAUUUUUAGACAAUAAAGAAGCAAUACUUGAUU